AUGGCGACCCGGUCAAGUGCAGAUGAGGCGAUUUCCAAACUGAUGUCUGAUGAGCGAACAUCUAUCGUAUCCAGCGCGAAGAUGCAUAUGCGUAUACUUCGAGCACAACUGCUAUUCCUCCGUGAAACAAGCUCUGUACCCGGGGAAAUCGAAGACUUGUUAUCCGAGUUAAUGGUCACAUUUCCCGACCGCCCCACCGUGGUCACUCAACCGCAAACGAAACUUGCGACGCCCACCCACGAUAUCUUGAAUCCUCCUCUCGCAAUUUCCGUCAGAGAUGCAUAUCUUUGCGGGAAUUACAAGCAUAUCAAGCCAUAG